CGUUGGCCAUGCGCCAUACACAACAGCCGCAGAGCAGUAUCGGCAAACGUUCACAUAACAUUUAGACGUAAUAAAUAUAGUGUCACUUCUCUCCUUAUAUUUUAGUAUUAGAUUAUUCAAACUUCAAACCUCUAAGUUUUAGUUGUUUAAGUGUUAAGUGUAUCUGAAAAUGUUUUAAUAAUGCAUAGUGCCGCAUCCGUAAACGCAUUCUGAAGCAAUUACGUAAUGGGAAUUAUGCUAAAGAAGUUUAGAGUUUUGCCCUGAAAUUCAACAUGGCCGCUGACACAGGAAUGGAUACUUGCCCCAGUCCGGAAAUUACGGACUCCAGAAAACGACCACUAGAUGGAGAUUCUGAAAAUGGAGACAUCAAAAGGUCACAUUUUAGCUCGGUUCAAGACUUGGUGACGGCCUUGCCACUGGCCAACGGCCAUGGCAAUAUAACGUCUCAUUUCGCAGUGGAGCCGACAUACCACUUCAAGGUCCUGGUGCCGUCGAUGGUGGCUGGCGCCAUCAUCGGUAAGGGCGGCGAGACCAUCGCCCAGUUGCAGAAGGAUACCGGCGCCAGGGUCAAGAUGUCCAAGUCUCAUGACUUCUAUCCAGGUACAACGGAGCGCGCGUGCCUGAUCACCGGCUCCGUGGACGGCAUUAUGAUGGUGUUGGAUUUCAUUAUGGAAAAGAUUAAGGAAAAGCCGGAGCUGGUGAAGCCAUUCCCAGAAGGUGUAGACACUAAAAUGCCUCAAGAUAGAGAUAAACAGGUUAAGAUCCUUGUACCGAAUUCUACAGCGGGCAUGAUAAUAGGCAAGGGUGGCAACUAUAUAAAGCAGAUUAAGGAGCAGAGUGGCAGCUACGUCCAGAUAUCGCAGAAGGCCAAAGAGCUCUCUCUACAGGAGAGAUGCAUUACUGUUGUAGGCGAAAAAGAGAACAACAAGAAGGCAUGCCUGAUGAUCCUGCAGAAGGUUGUCGACGACCCCCAAUCUGGGUCCUGUCCCAACGUGUCGUACGCGGAUGUGGCGGGCCCCGUCGCCAACUACAAUCCCACUGGCUCGCCAUACGCCGUGCCCACCUCUGAGGUGACCGAGAGUCACGCGCUGGGCGGGUCUGUGGGCGGAGUCGGGGGGGUGGGCUCUGUGGGCUCCGUGUUGGUGAAUGGCGCGGCGGGGCUGGGCGCGCUAUCGCUGUCCCUCUCGCUCGCACCGCCCGGCACACCGCCCCCCUCUCCUCUCACUCAGCACACGCUCGAUCAUAUUAAGGUGGCGCUCCGCCAGGCGGGGUACUCCGAGGGUGGUAUAUCUGAGAUCGGUGCUGCGCUGUCUCUGCUGGUGAAGCACGGGGUGCUGGGUCUGGCGCUGCCGGCCGCGCUCCCGCCGGCGCCGCUCUCCGCCGCCUACUUCCCGCUGCCGGCGCAGGACUCGCCCGCCGUCUUCGGACCCCUGGGACAAGUAGGACUCGGCGGCGCGCGCGGCGGCUCGUUAGAGCGUUUCGCGGAGGUUGCAUUCGAGGCGCUUCGCCCCCCAGCGGUGGCGCCGAUCUCGCUGUCGGCCGGCGUUAGCGGGGUGGGCGGGGUGGGGGGCUUCCCCUCGGCCUCGCUGCUGCCGCUCUCCAAGAGCCCCACGCCGGCCGACGCGGGCGCCAAGGACUCCAAGAAUGUCGAGAUCGCCGAGGUUAUCGUCGGCGCCAUACUUGGGCCCGGUGGGAGAAGCCUCGUCGAGAUCCAACAGAUGUCGGGCGCGAACAUUCAGAUCUCCAAGAAGGGAACGUUCGCGCCGGGCACCCGCAACCGCAUCGUGACCAUCACCGGCACGCAGACCGCCAUCGGCAACGCGCAGUACCUCAUCGAGCAGAAGAUCCAGGAGGAGGAGUUGAAGCGGACGCGCCACAAUGCCAUCUCCGGCCUCAUGCAGUAGACCCGAGUCGACAAACCCGCGCGCGGCAACCACCUAUGCGUGCGUAUUUAAAUUAACGACAAGAGUUUGCACUCUCGAGUCGUUGUAUUCCUUUUUUUUUAUGGUCAAAAUCAGGACAGGGGUUCUUAUGAUUAAUGUUUUAAAAGCGCACGUAUACGUCGGUGCCGCGAGCCGGGUCAAUCGGAACACUGCCUACUCGUCACAUCGACGCUGUUCGUUACAAAAAUUCGUUGUUGCAUUGUAGAUUCUAGUUGUAUCUAGUCAUACGCCGGUGGUGUUACGCCGUCGCGACGGCUAGGGAGCAUAGAGGAGUGGCGCGAGUUACCUGAGCGUAGUUGUAAUUUUAUCUUGUUUUUUUUUUUCGUUUCGGAGGGUAGUCGCAGUAGUCGAUGCGGUGCGCGCGGCGCACGUCCGUCGCGUCUCGCAGCUGGUGCAAUAAUGAGCCGGGGCCGUGCAAUGUCCAGCGCCCGCGCCUCGCGCCCCACAUCGACAUAUAGUCAUAUAUUUACAAUAAAUAAAAUAGAUUUAUCUAUAUUCAUUUAACGCAUAUAUAUUAGUGUUGGACAUUUUAUUGCAAUAUGUUUUUUUUUUUUUUUGUCGUGAUGACAAAUAAUGGUUUGAGUGUCGCUUAGCGACUCGUGUUGUUGUUUAAGAUGUUAUAUAAAUAAAAAGUACGAUUGUGAUAUCUCCUAUCACGGAAAAUUCCUAUUCCAUUACAUUUUUAUUUUUGUAUAUUAUUCAUUAAUUACAUUUCUGUUGCGUUUAGUUUGAUUUCAUUGUAAAUGUUACCAUUGAUAAAUUUUUUUUUUUUUUCAUAUUCAUGAUUUCUCGUUAUAUUAAAUUUAUUCAAUAUAUGAAUUGUUUGGAAAUGUUGAUUUAUACGUAAGGUUCAGUUAAAUGCAAUUAUUAAAUCAAUGUCAAAGGGAAUUUAGGAAACAAAUAAUUAAUCACAAC